AUAUAAAAAAUGUUCUAUUUAAGUCAAACAUUAUUACUAAUCUCGAAAUGAAUAAUUUCUGAUUAUUGAACCACAUCCACUAUUUCUCUAUCUUCAACGUCAUGAUUCAUCUAGUUUAGUUUAUAAACAACUAAAAAUAAGUACGAAUAAUCUCUUGGCGAAUUAAUAAUGUUAAUUUUGAUAACAACUAAUUUCUCAAGUAAAUACAGUCCAAAGAGAUUGUUCCAAAUGAAACUUUGAUUCCGGUUGUGGUUGAACAUCAUCGGUGAAUCCCCCAAUUCUUUAAUUUUUUUUCUCUUUUACGAUGCCUAUAAAUACAUGCGCGGAAAUUCUUCUUCGCAGUCGUCAGUCGUAGACUCAUCGCAAUCGGUUCAAAACGUUUCUAAACAUGUUUUCAAAAUUCUCUUUUUUGUUUUGUUUUAUAAUGUGCUGCUAUUGUUAUCAUAACAGCUUCAAGAUUUCUUUGUUUCGACAAAAAACGCCUAGAGAAAAUAUGUUGGACACACCUAACAUACCCGAACAUGAUAUUUGGCUGGAUUGGGUUAAAAAACCAAAACCUAGAAACAGAACUAAUGAUACUAUACCUUUAAUGAGAUAUCUUGAUUCAGAGUUUUAUGGAAUUAUUAAUGUGGGAUCCCCUGGUCAAGAAAUGAAAGUAAUUUUUGAUACAGCCUGGACAACUUCUUGGGUAUUAUCUAAAGAUUGUCCUACAAAAAGUAUUGGUUGUUGGUUUCAUUCAAAAUUCAACCAUGAUCAAUCAUCAACAUACAAUGCUACAAAUAAAACGUAUCUUGCUAAUGAAGGAACUUAUAAUUUGACUGGAUAUUAUUCUAGAGAUAGAAUAGUGGCUGGCCAAUCACUUAUAAAUCAAACAUUUGUUGAAAUGGUUGGAGUUCCUUAUUGGAAUGUGUUUACAAAAGCUGAUGGUGUUAUUGGAUUAGCUAUGGAUAGAGGUGAUGGUGUGACACCAUUUUUCUAUAACAUGCUUAGGCAAACAAAAAUUAAAACGCCUAUUUUUUCAAUUUAUCUUAACAGAGAUAGGAGUUCACCUAAAGGUGGAAGCAUCUAUUUUGGAGGAAUUGAUGGAAAACAUGUUCACCACAUCAAUAAAACUGUAAAAGAAAACAUUACAUAUGCUCCUGUUAAUACAGAUAGUACUAAUUGGGAAUUUAACAUGGAUUCCGUUAAUUUAUGGUAUCAAAAUAAAUCUAUUCCAGUUUGUGACGCAGAUUGUGUAGCAUUUGCAGACACAAGUAGUAAUUCAAUUAUAACCACAAAAGAUUACUUGAAGAUAAUCAAUCAACAUAUUAGGGCAAAACCAUUAUAUUUUGGACGAUAUGAAGUUGAUUGUAACACCAUUAACCAAAUGCCACACAUAACUUUUGUAAUAUCUGGAGAGAAAUUUAAUUUAACUGGAACCGAUUAUGUGCAAAAAGUUUCUGCUAAACUUGUAACAGUAUGCAUAUCAGCUUUUGUGGAGGGGACAGCAACAUCUGACAAAAACCAUUGGCUCCUUGGAGGAGCUUUUCUUUCAAAGUUUUUCAGCAUAUACGAUUUGGAGAAGAAACGAAUUGGAUUUGUUCUAGCUGCUUAAAGCGCAUAAAAAUCGUACAUUAAAUGUGUAAAAUGUUUAAUUUGCGUUACAGUGAUAUAUAACAUGUUCCAUCAAUUUACGACAAUGACUGGAUGAAUCUCUUUGUUUUGCUUUUAAAAUUUUCCGUAAAUUUCUAAUCCUAAUCAAUUUACGAAAAAUUUUAAAAGCAAAACAAAGAAAUUUUUUUGAUUACUGUCGUAAAUUGAUGGAACAUGUUAUAUAUCACUGUAACGCACGUGAGUAUUUCAAUAAAAUCUAUAACUAAAACUAA